AUGAAACAUUUGGGUGAAGCUAAUGCGUUUCUGAGCAUACAAAUAAAGAAACAGCCAUCACGGUACUUUCUAUCUCAAUCCCAAUAUACACUCUCAAUUCUUCAACAGGCAAACAUGCUUGGAUGCAAGCCUUUGUCAAAUCCAACGGACACCAAGAUGCCUGCUGCAUUCUCCAACAACUCCGAAAUUUCCGAUCCAGGAACCUAUCGACAACUUACAGGAGCUUUGCAAUAUUUAACGUUAACUCGUCCCGACAUAGCUUUCAACGUUAAUCUUCUUUCCCAACACAUGCAUAGUCUGCUUCCUCAACACAUAUAUCUCCUCAAACGACUACUCUGUUAUCUCAAAGGUACGAUUAACUAUGGUUUACCCAUUACAAAAAGUAACCUUGUUCUUCAUUCAUUUUCAGACGCGGACUGGGCUGGCGAUCUCAUCUCAAGAAAAUCCACAUCGGGUUAUUGUUCAUUUCUGGGCAAUAACAUAAUCUCUUGGACCGUCAAGAAACAACACACCGUCGCACGAUCCUCGACGGAAUCCGAAUACAGGUCCCUUGCGGCACUUACAGCUGACAUUAUCUGGCUCAAAAGAAUUCUAGCAGAUUUCGGUGUGGACUCUGACCAUCCGACAGACCUGUUCUGCGACAAUACAUCGGCCAUCGCUCUCGCCAACAACCCGGUGUUUCACGCCAGAACUAAACAUAUUGAGAUCAAUCAAAGAUUUCUAAGGGAUCAAAUCACAAACCACAACAUCCGGUUACUACCUAUCAGUACGGUUGAUCAAACAGUCGAUAUACUAACAAAACCUCUCUCAACUCCUCGAUUUCAUUAUCUUAGACUCAAACUAAGCGUCUCACAAGACCCAUUAGUUUGA